AUGGACGAAGCUACACUUCGUAAGCUCACCCGUGCAAAGCUGCAAAAGCUCGCGAAGGAAAAUAAGAUUAAGGCUAACAUGAAGAGCGAGACAAUUAUCCAAGAGCUCCUAGUGCUCUACAAGGUUGUUCCGCAAAAUCAGGAUGAAGGGAGUGAAGAGCCUCCGAGGAAGAGGUUGAGAACUAGCAUGCAAGACCAGCCUCCUUCUGGAUCAAUAAGAAGAGCUAGCGAGGAAAUUCCUCCAGUCGCUGGUCCAUCAACACAAAUCAUAGACGUACCUGUUAACACAAGUUUUGAUUAUCCUCCUACGCAGGAAGGGUCUCAGAAAUCUGUGCUCAGUGCAGAAAAAAGUGCUCCGAUUACAGUAGCCAGAGAUGCUACUGAUGCCGCCACUGUAAAUUCAGCAGCAAUAUUGCAAGGCCCUUCACCGGUACCGGAAAGUCACACUGGGCACUUGACUCCGGACGAUGACACCAGCGAUGUUGAUUUAUCCUAUGCGAGUCAGCAUGGCUCCCCCCUCAACUCGCAUUCAGGAACCCCCCCGCUCGAAAAACCACAGAUGCUAAACCGGGCGGUGGGAAUUAUGAACCAGAUCACAUCCAACGAUCAGCGUACUCUCGCUCAGGUUGCCGUUCUACGCAAGAGAGUGAAAAUGCUGAGGGAGCAGGCGAAGAAUGUGAGGGAUGUGGUGCGCGCAGAGCAAGGGCGACGUAAGAGAUUGGGGACAUACUUCACGUACUGGAGGGAGAUCUCGCCUACAUGGCCAAAGGAAUGGAUAUAUGAUGAAGGCGAAGAAGAGUAG